GCCUUGACUUGCAGACAAUCGUUUGAUGAGCUACCCUUCAACCUCCCCUUAACCUGGUCUAUAAUUACGACGUUUUGAUCCGGCUUGCAUCAUGUCAAGUAGUCAAUUCCCCGUCGCCGACAUCCCUGUCGAUGCCAUCUCGUCCCUCAAAUUCUCGCCGUAUCCAAACUCUCUUCGAUUCGCCGCCUCGUCCUGGGACAAACAUGUCUAUCUAUACGAAGUCACCGAGGGCAAGACAUGCACCCUGCUCGCCAAGUACGAACAUCGCGCACCCGUUCUCGACUUGUGUUUUGGAAAAGAUGACAAUGAAUUAUAUUCCGCUUGUUUGGAUUGGGAUGUGAGACGUAUCGAUGUCGCAUCAUCUACCCAAACGGUUCUUUCAACCCACGAGGCAGGAGUACGGUCCGUCGUCUACGAUGCACAGAACAAGCUAGUUAUCUCCGCCGCUUGGGACUCGACACUACACAUCCACAACGGGGCCGAUUCGACCGCAGAGACGUGGCCCACGGCAAGCAUCGCUCUCCCGUCCAAGCCAUUCUCCUUGUCCCUGUCUCCUUCGAAACUAGUGGUCGCCAUGUCUUCACGCCAAUUACAUAUAUACGACCUUAGUGCGCUGGCGGCGUCAUCUGCGAACGGAACUACCAACACCCAAACGAAGUUGGACAUGGAACCCUGGCAACGACGAGAGAGUUCCCUCAAGUUCAUGACCCGGGCGGUCGCCUGCAUGCCGAGUGAUGAGGGCUACGCCAGUUCAAGCAUCGAGGGCAGAGUGGCGGUGGAAUGGUUUGACCCCAGUGCUGAAAGCCAGGCCAGGAAAUAUGCUUUCAAAUGCCAUCGGCAGCCGGUGGAUGACGUCGACGUCGUGUACCCCGUCAACGCUUUGGCGUUUCAUCCCCUCCAUGGCACGUUCGCUACCGGUGGUGGGGAUGGUGUUGUGGCGAUCUGGGAUGCGGUCGCCAAGAGGAGAAUCCGGAUUUAUCCAAAGCUGGCCAGUGGUGUCGCAGCUACAAGCUUCAGUUCCAACGGAAAAUAUCUGGCAACAGCGAUAAGCCCCGGGUUCGAAGACGGAAAGGACCUCGUCAGCGAAGGACAGGUCGGAAUCUUCAUCCGAGAGCUGGGAGAGAACGAAGUCAAGAGGAAGGCAAAGUGAUAUCAAGGCUGUUUGAAAUACGGUCUAUGAUCUUAUCUCGAUUCAUCUUUACCCCACUCUGACACUGCCACGCAGAGUCGGAGCUCAUGGGUCGAUGGCCGCCGUUAGCGAAGCUAGGAAGACGUGAUGGGUAUCAGUGGGGGGUACGACGCGAUGACUGAAAGAGGCUUUUCACGUGCCCGGCGCAAAGUCACAGUGCCGUCAGCCAUGCCGAAAUAGCAUGCAAUUGGGCGUUGACCGCCAACAACGGAAGCUGCUUCGGCCUCUGGACCGGUUGGCCCACAGAAGAUGCCGACACCCAGAACACCAUUGAUGUCCUUGAUGGUUCGCGCCAGCAAUUCGACUUCCCAAACCCCAUCCUCACCGUCGCCCUUCUUUCCAUUGGCAAUGUCUUCGGAGAUGAGCAAGGGGUGGGGAAAUGGAGCAUCGAUAAUGAAGAAAUCUUGGUCGGUUUUGACUGGCCCGGCUUUGGCCAUAUGGCCUUCUCGGAUGGUGGGCCCUGCACCCGUGGGACUUCUGCUCCCCAACAUGCGCAACCUCUUCAUGACUUGGCGAGCAGCCUUGGGUUCAACCUCAAUGGGAAUGGUGGGCCACUUUGUGAUUAGACGAUGUUGGAGCUUCCGGUGAUCUAGUGAUCGUCAGGCGAAUUUGUUAGGGGCGAUUCCAGGAAUCUCAUACCUGCAACACAAAUGAACUGCUUAGAGCGCAUGGCCACCAGCUUCUCUUGAUAUAAACAAGCGCCACCACCUUUUAUGCAGUUCAGAUCCUCGUCGACUUCGUCUGCGCCGUCGAAGGCGACAUCUAUCUGAGCGUCAUCUGGUAAGGCAUCAAAUUCUAUGGGGAUCAGCCCGGCAUUGAUAAUGAGUUGUUUUGACUGGUAGCCAGUUGGCACAAAUCCUAUUCUUGAAACGUCUUU